CAUUGCAAAAAGGAAAUCCACGCAGUCCAUGCACUUGAACGCUGGUGGGAGGCCCUGUAGGCUUAAGCCGCCACAAAGGGCAUUUUUGACCAUGGCUCGGCUUGGGGUCAAUUUGCUUUGUUUGACAUGUGCUGUUUGUUUAGCAUUUUGUUCCAUUGCAGGUUCCCCGUCGUUUCUCGGCAUCAGUGCCGCACGGGGACGAGAUAGCCUGGUUGCACGCAAGGCAGCCAAAGCUGAGCCAAAAGCUGCGAAAGACAAGACAAGAGCACCAGCCAUGGAAGAGAAUGACGCAGACGAUGAACUAUUGUACUCUGAAGAAGAUGAGUACGGCGACGAGUUUGAUGAAGAUGGAGAUUUCAUGGAGUUGGAUGGGCCUCCUCCGGAGGUCCUCGAUGGUUGGGAGAAGGAUGAGAUAGCAAUGGCUCUCUUAGCCCAAUUUCAGUCAGAGGAGUUUGAGGGCAAGAAAAUCAUGAGCUUCCGGGACGUGGCGCAGCUUUUGGAAGUGCUAGGACUGGAGAGGGAGCAGUUCGUCGGCAUCUUCAGUGGACAGGCAGAAGAAGACGAAGACUUCGAUUUUGAGGAUGAGUAUCUUGAUGAGGAGGAGUACUAUCCUCCACGUCGUGGCCGCGGCCCCAGCGGUGGCCCCGGUCCUGGUGGAGGGCGCGGAGGACGAGGUCGAGAUCGUGGACCAGAUCCCGGUCGCAGAGGACGCGGACGACGGCCGUGAGAGGCCGCCACUCCUUGGUGAAGAUGGUCGUCUCAGAGCCCGCAAAAAAA